AUGAACAGUCUUGGGCCACCAACCAAAGAUUCGACGACGUGGAAAAAGGUCUGGUUCGAUUGGAAAUCGAACACAAAACGCAAGCUAGCCCACAACCGUCACGAACAAUUUGCUACAGGUGGGUGUCCUAGUAAGUUUAUUGAACUUACUGCGCUGAAGGAACGAGUUGUUGCUCUUGCAGGACUGGCUCCAGCAGUUGAGGGCAUAGACAGUUGCAGUUUCAGGCUAGAGCCUAGCGCAAAUCAAUCGAUUAAUGGCGGUGGGGAAUCUGCGUCGAUUGAAGAUAAUCGAAUUUUGGAGGAUGGAGCCUGUGAGAAUAAUGAGACGCGUCCAUAG